AUGAGUGCGGACAUCCAUGUGACAGUGGAGGAGGAGGAGGAGAAGGCGAAGGAAGUGACGGCCUUGUCGGGGGCUGAGCCGGGAGUUUCUGCUACUAGCAUACGCAUGAGUGCAGACAGUCAUGUGGCCAUGGAGGAGGAGAAAGUUACGAAGGAGGAAGUGACGGCCUCGUCGGCGGGAGUUUCUGCCGCAAGCGUACGCAUGAGUGCAGACAGUCAUGUGACUGAGUUGGUGGAGGAGGAGAAGGUGAAGGAAAAGGAAGAGGCGGUCUCGUCGGCGGCUGAGCCGGGAAUGUCCGAUCGCAGUCGUCUUCGUGUUUCGCUUCCAUCUGGCGACGCAACCAGGUCAGACAUCCAGUUUGAGAUGGCGACAACGGCUUUGUCUACGGAUGGUGAUGAUGUGGAGGAGGAGGAGGUGCCUAAGGAUGUGGUGACGUCGGCAGCGUCAGCAGCUGAACCGGAGGGUUCU